CGCACUUUAUCAGUGGGUCUGUGCCACUUUUUGCACCGUUGCUGUGGAAACAUCAAUCUCUCGCUAUAAUUAGCGUGUCCUCCAGAUGGAAGGCUUUAAGUAUCCGGGUACCUACUUGGUGUGAUCUUUUGGCAUUCUUCUCGCGAGCAAAGCUAUGGAAGCAUUGAGGACGGCAGCUAGAGCUGUAAAGAACAGUCCAAGUUUAGUCAGGAAGAAACUCGGCGGAAAGAAGCAUGAGAAGCUGGAAGAUGACUGGCUGAACUCGAGAGAUGCUGUUACAGCUGGGGUGACAUUCUAUGUUAAGUAUCUAGGAAGUUCUCCUGUGAGCAAAGCAUGUGGAACCGGCUGCACAGAUGAAGCCGUUCGCAAGAUUAUACAUCAUGCUCGGGCUCGAGCUAUCAAGUUACAGAAAAUGUCAUUGACUGUAUCUGCCAAAAGCAUCAAACUUCUAGAUAUGACAACACAGACUAGAGUUGAUGAACUACCAAUAUACAGAGUUUCCUAUUGUACUGCUGAUGAGAAUUAUGACAAAGUGUUCUGCUACAUUUCCAAGGACUCUGAAAAUGGAAAGCUUGAGUGUCACGCUUUCCUGUGUACCAAAAGAUCCAAGGCUCAGGCAAUGUGUUUGACUGUGGCUCAAGCAUUUAACAUUGCUUAUGAAAACUGGCAGGAAGCAAAACAACGUCGAGCUGCUCAGAAAGCUGCACUUGAAGUGGAAAAACAAAGAAUGAAGCAAAGUCAGGAUAACGACAAACAAGAAUCUCAACCAGUCCCCAACGUAGCUGCUUCUGGACACUCAACUGACACUCCUGUUGACAUAGCAAGGCGAUUCUCAGACUUUAACUUUGAUGAUGAAGACUCUGCAUUUGAUGCUGAAUUCUCAAAAUUGGCUGAAGUUCGCUCAAAUCCAAAUGUCCUUGACAUUGGCAUAGCAGAUUUUGAGGUGGGUGAUGAUGUGAAAGCCUUCAGAGGAGGUGAACUGUCUGCUGCUGACAUCAAUAAGGGACGAUCUCAUGAAGAUCUUCUUGAUAUUUGAAAUAUCUCACAAUGACUUUAGCACGACUGGCAGCUGUAGUUUUUUGUGUUGCACUUUUUUAGUGUGUGGAUAUUUUUUUAGGUUUAAAUUUGUCUGUUAGUAUAAGGAAUUUUAUGUAUGAUUACAGCAGUCACACCACAAACAAA